AUGGCCAAGGGCCAGAAGCGCCACCGAAUGGCCGACGAGCGCGACGGCAAGAAGUUGCCCAACCGGAAUGCCGACCCCUCCGCGCCGUCUGCGGCGGCGGGCUCCAAGUCGCGCGUGCUGCCGCAGAUCGCGCGGCUCCGGCAGUACCAGCGGAUUGCGUCCGAGCAGGGCAUCCCGUUCUGCGUCGCUGAGCACCAGGCAACGGCGAUGAUGCGAGAGGCGUGCAUUACUGCUGGCCCAUCAUCGCCUGGGCAUUGCACCUGCAACCUCAUGAAGGGGGCCAGGCGGAUCCGCGGCUAUGUCGAGGCUUGCCGCCACAUCGCGACGCACCGCGGCGGGCACGACUACGGCCGGUACCCGCACCGUUUUCGCAACAAUACCUCGAAGCGCUCUCGCUCGAGCUACGUGACGGCCUCGUCCACCCACUCCAAGACGCAUGCCCUCUCCAACGAGUCGUUCAACGCCAUCACGGCCCGCCCCUGCCACUAUUGUGGCAAGGAGAGCGACCCGCCCCGACACCACAACGGUCUCGAUCGGCUCGACUCCUCGCUGCGCGUGUACACCGAAGAGAGCGUCGUCUCGUGCUGCGGCGACUGCAACGUGAUGAAGUACACCUACUCCGAGGCCGACUUCCUCGCGCACGUCCAGCGCGUCGCCGACGCGAACACCGGCCAGAACAGCGACGAGGAGGAGGCAGGCGUGGGCGAGCAGGCCCUGGAGCAGCCCGGGGGCGAGCCUGCGCCGAAUCCAUUCGCCGCGUUUGAGUUCGGCGGGGCAAAGUGA